GCCGGCAGGCUAUGAAAACUGGAGGUGGUUCACUCCCCGUGGAACUGGAUGCAUUGCAGGACAAAGUUGUAGGCAUCAUCGGGAACUUGAUCAUUGAUGGAUUGCCAGGGAGACACGACACGGCAGAGCAAAUCGAGGAAAGCGUCUCUCUUGUUAAUGAUUCAUCAGAACGAACGAAUGCCGCUUCACUUCAAACAUCAGAAUGCAGUGUAACGUUACUCUACAGGAAACAUAUUCCAGGAAAACAAAGAGGGUGAAUGAGGAGAACAGCAUGCAGCAACUGAUUCAAAUAGAACAACAGGGAUAUCGAGAGAGAAAAUCUAGAGAACAUAGGCUGGCUUUAGAUCAACAAAGAUUCCAGACGAAUGUGCAGGACACCAAGUGUGUCUAUCAAAAUACGGUGUUGUCUUCAGUGUGGCAUAAGAAAAUGCUUGAAAUGAUAAAUAUUGAAUUAUAUGAUUAUCUGACAUUGUAUGUAUGUAUGUAUGUGUAAACACCUAAACAUAAACAUAUAA